CUCCCUCCUGCUGCAGUCAGUCCUCCUCUGGUCUGGUCAGCAUGAGUUUCAUGGUCGACCACCACAACAUGGGGCCGAGCUCGUACCGCAAGGCUCGGCCCGCAUCUGUGUCCUCCAGCGGGUUCCACUCCCAGCGCCGCCGCCUCACCUACAGCCAGCCGUCCUCCAUCGACAGCUUGGAGACUUUCAACGGCGACAUGACCAGGAGGAGCGAAAAGGAGAUCCUGCAGGCUCUUAACGACCGCUUCGCCGGUUACAUCGACAAGGUGCGAAACCUGGAAAUGCACAACCGCAACCUGGAGGCAGAGGCGGCAGCGCUGCGCCAGAGCCAGGCUGGGCGCACGUCGGUCGGGGAGCACUAUGAGCGUGAGCUGGGUGACCUGAGGGGUCUUCUGCAGCAGCUGACAGGAGAAAAGGCUCGCGCAGUCAUGGAGCAUGACCACCUAGAAGAGGACAUCCAGCACCUGCGUGGCAGGCUGGAGGAUGAGGCGCGAAACCGGGAUGAGUUGGAGGCUGCAGCGCGCGCCAUGAAGAAGUACGCCGAGGACUGCCGGCUGGCGCGCAUGGAGCUGGACAAGAAGCUCUGCGCCCUAGAAGAGGAGGCCGAUUUCCUCAAGAAGAACCACGAGGAAGAAGUGGCAGACCUGCUGGCGCAGAUUCAGGGUGCGCAAGUCAGCUUUGACAUGAGAGACGCACUGAAGGCGGACGUCACCAGCGCACUGCGCGAGAUCCGAGCGCAGCUGGACAGCCAUGCGUCAAAGAGCGCGACGCACCCCGAAGACUGGUACCAAGUGCGCAUGGAGCGCCUCUCUGAUGCUGCAAAGUCUAACCAGGAUGCGAUCCGCGGGAGCCAGGAGGAGAUCGCAGAAUAUCGCCGUCAGCUCCAAAGCCGCAUCAUUGAGCUGGAGACUCUUCGAGGAACCAAGGAGUCUCUGGAGAGGCAGCGCAUGGAGAGCGAGGACAGACACCAAGAUGACAUCAACUCACUGCAGGAAACUAUUAACCAGCUGGACUCUGAGCUGAAGAACACCAAAUGGGAGAUGGCCAGCCAGCUGAGGGACUACCAGGAGCUGCUGAAUGUGAAGAUGGCUCUGGAUAUUGAGAUUGCUGCUUAUAGGAAGUUACUGGAGGGAGAGGAGAACCGCGUAGUCUCUGGAGGAUCUCCAUACUCCUACUUGGAUAGCCGACUCUCCGGACACAUGAAGGUGAAAGGCGAGGAAAUCUCUGAUACAGUCAUUGUAGAGGAGCAGACAGACGAGACACAGGUGACGGAGGUGACAGAGGAGGCCGUAGAGGAAGAAGAGGAGGAAGAAGAAAAGAAGGAGGAAGGAGCAGGAGAGGAAGAAGAAACUAAAGAAGAGGGUGAAGAAGAGGAAGGAGAAGAUAAGGAGGAAGGAGAUGGAGAGAAAGAAGAGGGCGAAGAUGCAAAAGAGGAAAUGGAGGAUGAGCAGGAGGAGAAAGGAGAUGAAGAGGAGAAGGAAGCAUCUCCUCCUUCAAAAUCUCCACAGCCCAAGUCUCCAACUGUCAAAUCCCCAGAACCUAAAUCACCCCAAAAAUCACCAGCAGCCAAAUCCCCAAUGCCAAAAUCUCCAGCCAAGUCUCCAGCAGGAGAAGAAUCAAAAUCACCUGAGUCCAAAUCUCCUCGUAGCAAAUCACCAGAAGCUAAAUCACCAGAAGCUAAAUCUCCAGAAGCUAAAUCUCCAGAAGCUAAAUCUCCAGAAGCUAAAUCUCCUCCUGCAAAGACCCCAGAGCCAAAGUCUCCAGAAAAAGAGACCAAACCUGCCGCAGCCAAAGAACCCCCCAAAGAAGAGAAAACUAAGGAGAAGCCUCAGCCUGUCAAAGAGGAAAAGAAAGAGCAACCUGUAAAGGAGGAUGAGAAGGAGAAAGAGAAGCCUGCAAAGGAGAGUGAGAAGAAGCAGGAACCCAAAGAGAAGGAGCCAGAGAAACCAGAGGCAAAGAAAGAGAGUGCCGCCAAAGAAGCACCAAAGAAGGAGGAGGCUUCAAAACCAUCAACACCCAGCAAGCCAUCCGAAGACAAACCUGCCCCCAAGUCUGAGCCUAAAGAAAAAGCUCCUGCUCCCAAGGAGGAGAAGCCUUCUGCUCCCAAAGCAGACACGGGUGAAUCUGAAGCCAAGGGAGCACCUAAACCUGACCCGGAGAAAACUGAGAGCAAGACAGAGGUGAAGAAGCCAGAGAAGCCUGUGCCUAAAGUGGAGCCAGAGAAGACAGAAAGCAAGAAAAAGCCAGAGGAGAAGAAGCCAGAGGAGAAAAAGGAGGUGGGUAAAGAAGAGAGUAGAGACGUGAAGGACGGAGCAAAGACAGAGAAAGCAGAGAAAUCUUCCGGCACUGAAUCAAAAACCAGCAAGGAGGAGCAGGCCAAGAAGUAGGACCAGUUUUCAGCUCUAAAGGAGAGGAGGAGAUGCCAAAGAACUUUGAAGGUCAGGCGUAGGUAAGGCCAAGAGCAGGAGAACAGAGCUGAAUGCUUUUUAAACGGGCAACCGAUCGUCCAAAGCAAAGCAGGUAACAGUAUGUAAGCAAUAUUGAUUUUCUGCAGCACACCCCCCCCUCGCUCCCCGAGUAUGGCCGUCACGUACCCCGAAGCUUCCGAUGUACGACUGUAAUGAACGCAGAAUGCUCCACAAAAAUCAUUUGAAUGCGACAACUGCCCUUAACGAACAACAAGUGCAUUUAAACAGAGUCCUGAAGGGGACAGCAGGGUGCUGCGCCUACAAGCCUUCAAGGGUAAAGAUGUCAUAAAAGCUAAAGAUUGUGAUUGAUACUGAACACAAAUGAUCAUACUCAAGUAAGCAGAAAUGUUUAUAUUAUAUUUAAGUAUAAUUUCAGUAAGAAUGACUCGAUUUUUUUUGCCUGUUGUGCACCUUAAUGCUGCUUCUCCAUGAACUGUGGUAUCUAACUCUUCCAGUCUGCAAUGCUAGGACUAGGACUGUGCUAUGUAUAAACUGCUGAGAAUAUGCAAUGUGAAACAGUAAAUAAAAUCAUCCAGAUAUGAAACCCAA